GGCGGCGGGGAGGCGGCGGCGGCGGCCUCCGCCGAGGCCUGGGCCGGUCCGCCGCCGCCGCCGCUGCUGCUGCUCGGCCGAUGCGCCCGGCGCGCCCGCCAUGGACAAGAUCCUGGAGGGGCUGGUGAGCUCGUCGCACCCGCUGCCGCUGAAGCGGGUGAUCGUGCGGCGGGUGGUGGAGUCGGCGGAGACGCCGCUGAGCCAGGCGCAGUGCCGCGCCAUGUUCGCCCUCAGCACCCGGCUGGUGCUGCAGGGCCCCGACCCCUUCCAGCGGCAGGUGGGGCGGCAGGUGCUGGAGGCCUACGGGCGCUACCACCGCGCCGAGUUCGAGGCUUUCUUCGACCGCGGGCUCGUCCUCGGCCUCCUGCAGCGCGGCUACGGCGAGCUGAGCAACCGCGACCCCGCCAUCCUCGACUACAUCCAGGCGGGGCUGCGCCUCAUCAUGAGCUGCCCUUCGGUGCUGGAGCUCUUCGAGCUGCUGCAGGUCGAGGCGCUGCGGCUGGUGUGCGAGCGGCCGGCGCCGCCGCUCUGCGCCCGCCUCUGCCAGCUGCUGGGCGACUUCCCGCAGUGCCUGCCCCGCGGCAGGAAGCUCUCCCUCGCCUUCUGCCAGCAGCUGGUGCGCAGCAUCGCCCACUUCCAGAGCCAGGGCAGCCGGGAGGCCGAGUUGCGCCUCUACGUCUCGCAGGUCACGCAGGUCAGCGGGCUGCUGCGGAGCGUCUGGAAGGCCGAGCCCGACACCUUGCUGCCCUCGCUGCAGGAGCUCUUCGCCGUCAUCUCCGCCGCCGAUACUUCCUUUGAACCUUCCGUUGCACUGGCAAGUGUUGUGCAGCAUAUACCAUUACAGAUGAUUACAGUACUCAUCAGGAGCCUUACUACGGAUCCAAAUGUGAAAGAUGCAAGUAUGACUCAAGCUCUGUGCAGAAUGAUUGACUGGUUAUCCUGGCCUCUGGCUCAGCAUGUGGAAACAUGGGUGAUUGCACUGCUGAAGGGGCUGGCUGCAGUCCAGAAAUUUACCAUCCUGAUUGAUGUCACUCUGCUUAAAAUUGAGUUGGUCUUUAAUCGACUUUGGUUUCCUCUAGUGAGGCCUGGUGCCCUUGCUGUCCUUUCCCACAUGUUACUUAGUUUUCAGCAUUCUCCAGAAGCUUUUCAUUUGAUUGUCCCACAUGUGGUCAGCUUAGUUCACUCCUUCAAAAGAGACGGCUUACCUUCCAGUACUGCCUUUUUAAUGCAGUUGACUGAAUUGAUACACUGUAUGAUGUAUCAUUAUUCAGGAUUUCCAGAGCUCUAUGAACCCAUUCUGGAAGCUGUUAAGGAUAUGCCCAAACCCACUGAAGAGAAGAUUAAGUUGAUUCUCAGUCAGAGUGCCUGGACUUCUCAAUCCAGUUCUUUGCCAUCUUGUUUAUCUAGACUUUCUGGAAAAUCUGAAACUGGGAAGACAGGUCUAAUUAAUCUAGGAAAUACUUGCUACAUGAACAGUGUUAUUCAGGCACUUUUUAUGGCUACAGAUUUCAGAAGACAUGUUUUAUCUCUGAAUCUAAAUGGGUGUAAUUCACUAAUGAGAAAAUUACAGCAUCUUUUUGCAUUUUUGGCUCAUACCCAGAGGGAGGCAUAUGCUCCUAGAAUUUUCUUUGAGGCUUCCAGACCACCAUGGUUCACCCCUCGAUCCCAGCAGGAUUGCUCAGAAUAUCUCAGAUUCCUGCUAGACAGGCUGCAUGAAGAAGAGAGAACCUUGAGAGCAUUAUCUUCAGCAAAGACUUCUGAAAGUAUAGUGAGUGAAGAGUCCCAGACACAAGAAGCUGUCCAUAAAGCACAAGUAUUUGCUGAAGCACCUUAUAUAGGAAGUGAAGAAAGAACUCUAAUAGAGAAGAUGUUUGGAGGGAAAUUGAAGACCACUAUAUGCUGUUUGAACUGCAAAAGUAUGUCUCAAAAGGAAGAAGCUUUCACAGAUCUCUCUCUGGCUUUCUGUCCUCCAACUUCCUUGCAGAAUGUUGGCGCAAAAUGUAUGGAACGUUCUGAAGUGAAAGAUGACUACAUGGUGCAAAACAGUACUUCAGCAGCUAGUCCUGCUGGAGGAACACCUCUCAAUGAUAUAGAAGUAAAUGGUGGAUGUGACAAAAUCAUGAAUGAAGGAAACAUAAAAGAUUUUUCUACUGAGCCAAACUCUGAGAAUACCACAAAUUCUGAACUCAACAAAGUUCAAGAUAAUAGGGAUAUGUCUCAGAGGCUAGUAGGUGAAAACACCCUGUCAGUUACAGACUUACUGAAUUAUUUUCUGGCACCUGAGAUCCUCAGUGGAGACAAUAAGUAUUAUUGUGAAAAGUGUGCCUCUCUGCAGAAUGCUGAGAAAACUAUGCAAAUCAUUGAGGAACCAGAAUACCUCAUUCUCACACUUCUGAGAUUUUCAUAUGAUCCAAAGUGUCAUAUAAGGCGCAAAAUCUUGGACAAUGUGUCUCUGCCACUUGUUUUGGAACUGCCAGUCAAAAGAACAUCCCCUCUAUCUGUAGUUUCAGGAGGUUGGUCUGUUGGUGUUGAAAUUUCUGAUAUUGGAGAAAAUCUCGCUAAAAAAUUGAAGCCCUCAGGUGCUGAUGAAGUGACUUGCCCACAACUCGUGCCCUAUGUGUUAAGCUCUGUGGUGGUGCAUUCUGGUGUAUCCUCUGAAAGUGGACAUUAUUAUUCAUAUGCUAGAAAUGUUACUGGGUCAGGUCCUUCAGGACUCUGCCACCAGUCUACAGCUCUUUCUUUAGUUUCUCCUCAGGAUAAGUUGUUGACAGAGGAGAGUCCUUGUACUGUUGUAGAAAAUGAGCUGGACACAGAGGUGCCAAGAGAAUGGUUUCUGUUUAAUGACAGCAGAGUGACAUUCACCUCCUUUCAGUCAGUCCAGAAAAUUACCAGUAGAUUUCCAAAGGACACUGCUUAUGUUUUAUUUUACAAAAAACAAAAUAGCACCUGUGGUUUCAGUACCAGUUCGGCAAAUGGACUCUGGAUAAAUGGAGACCCUCCCCUACAAAAAGACCUCAUGGAUGCAAUUACAAAAGAUAACAAACUGUACUUGCAGGAGCAAGAGCUUAGUGCUCGAACACAAGCACUUCAAGCUGCCUCAGCCUCCUGCUCUUUCCGACCCAAUGGAUUUGAUGACAAUGACCCCCCGGGAAGUUGUGGACCCGCAGGUGGAGGCGGAGGGGGUGGGUUCAGUACUGUUGGUAGAUUAGUUUUUUGACUGUGAAGACAACUGGGAAUACACUGGUUCCAAAGCAGCCCAGUACUGCGGAGGACAACUGAAAUAUUGGAACUUUGUCAGAUAUUGUACCAAGUUUUGAGACUUGAGCCUUGUUCAAAAGCAAAUGUUGGGUUUUUUUGGUUAUGUUUUAUUUGAAAUAAAUAAGCGCAUAAUGAAAAAGAACUACCUCUUAAAAAUUCAGUUGCUUUUAUAGUAAGAUAUGCCUGCCCAGAAGUCAGAAAAUGAAGAUUUUAAGUAGUUUCUAAUGACACUGCGUUAAACUGAACACACACAUCAGUUUCUCUUGUCCUCAUCCACUGAAUGAAGAAACUUCGUUUUUUACGCUGACGGUCUUGCUUUAUGUGGAAAUACUUACAGAUAAGCUAAACUACACACGUAGUCUCUCCCCACCACCUUAUUUUCAAAUCCACUACUUUUAUGGAUUUCCAGAGACGAUGCAAUUUAUAAUGAAGGCAAUAACUUAAAUGUGACAUGAUACAUAACUUUCCAGACUAAGAAUUAUUCAAUAUAUUUCCAGUGUAAAUGUAAAGAAGAAAAAAUAAUUUAUAAAUAUUUGCUAAGUUGUUUUCCAAAAAAGUGCAUGUUCUGUAGGAACAAUGUUUUUAAAUAGAAAUUGUUAACUUUGUAGCAUUUCUAAUUGUUUUGAGGAUUAUAAAAUUAUUUCAGGGAAUAUAUCUGCUGUGUAUUGGAAAGGAGGAGAUUCUGUAUGUGCCUUGCAGUACUUUAACUUAAACUUUCUGAGGCUGCAGAAAAGGGGAAAAAUGCGUUAGUCAAUUAUUUUUUUGUCAGUAUUAGAAAUCAGUACACUAUAGGAAGCUAUUAGGUUUCUGGAAGUAAAAAUCUGCUAGUUUGAAAUGCAGUGUGUUGCCCAUUAUUUUUUUUUAUUAUUUAAAAAAUACAUACCUAGUGAUCUAUAACUUUUGUGGCCUGCAUUGCUAAGAAAAAUCUGGUCUUAAGUCCUGAAGUGUGUUUGUGAAAUCACAGAGAGGCUACCUGUAUUGAUUCUUGCUGAGGAUCUAUGCUUCUAAGAGUCCUUUGAAGUUCUGACUUCUGAUUUUUCUUGUAGUGAGAAAUUUCUGGUGAGUUGUGGUUUUAACUGUCUGCAGAAGACCAAAAUGGUGCUUUCUGUGGAGCACUGUUUGCUUAAUUGUUAGGCCAGCAGAGGUUAAGGAUCUACUCUUUAAGUCUUGGCAGAAAUAGCAACUUUGUUUUCCAUGCGCAAUGAGGAUAACAGAAGUAAAGGAGUUACACUGUUGAAUCUGGUGAUUAAUUUUUAACUUGAAUAAUCUUAGUGAAGUGUAAAUUUAUUUAAAGUAUUUUUACAAAAUUAUGCACUGUUUUCCUGUGUUUUUAUAUUCUACUAGGUAACAAAGUGCAUCCUUAAAAAGCAUGCAAACCUGGCAGGUGUGAACUUAACUGUACAAAAAUAAACACAUUUCUUAGAAAAUGCCUUUAAAAAGCAUAAAGUAAGUUCAGAAAAUUAAACCUUGUUCAUAUGUUAUCAAAUACAUGGAGUUUAGUUUGAAAGUUAACUUAGCUUGCAAGCUAUUUUUAUAUUAUCACUAAAACUAUGCUAUUUGCUCUGCUAUAGGUUCAUAUUCUACUGUUCAAGAAAGCUAGAGAAGCUCACUAUGUCUUUAAUAGUUCCCCAGCUUUGUUUUGACCAUUUGUAGUACCUCGGCUUUGACCUAUGCCUUCAUUUCAGCUGUGGAAAUGUGGAAUGUUAUGAGACUAGUGUGAGGAACAUUCUCAUUUCGUUGUGCUUGGACAAGGUUUUCUUUAAAGCUCACUUCGCCUUCCAAUACUCUAACUUUCAGUCUAAGAGGGUUAUUACUUCCUUUUAGGCUUCUUAGCCAGUUAGGUCUGGUUUUAAAACGUUUUGUAUGACAGGUUAAUUUGGCUUUUCUCUCCCAAACUAUGAGGACAUACUAAAAAGCUGUCUACUUUGUGCAUUACAGUGGGAGUAUUUUGUGUUUCUGUAUCCAUUUACUGUUCAUUUUAAAACACUAGUAAAUAAAAGCAGGGGCAGGUGUUUUUACUCUAUAUGAAAUAAUAAUUUUUGUAAAGGUCAGUUUUGGUUUUAUGUUCUCACAGUAGUAAAUAUACAAAUUACGUAGCCUACCUAAAAAUAACAGGCAGUAUGAGUCUUGUAUACCUAUUGUACUAUAUUUCAUGAGCUCUUUGAAGGCUUUCUACAUCCUGUUUGUCUGUUCUGAACUAGGUGUUAAAUAUGGAAAUUUUAUACGAGAGUAAUGCCAAUAUGAUUGGAUCUCCCUAAAUAUAAAAUGAUGGUAUGUCUCAAACUGAAAAUAACUUCUUCCUUUCCCCUUGUUGACUCCUGUUGAUGCAGUCACUUCGGGUUUUACAAAUAGAUUUUUAAAACUCAGAAUGCCUAUUUGCAAGUCUGCUGACCUGACAACCAUCGUAGGCUGAUUCAUACCUAACCUGAAAGGCUUCAAUAAAACUAGUGAAAGUGGAGAAGUAUUUCACGCUCUAAAAUGUACAUCUUUUUUCAUUGUUUACAGUACUGGUGUUAUGCAUGCUCCUAUCCUCUGGACAUAAUGUGAGAGAACAGUGUGCAUAUUUGUUGCCUGUGAGUGAAUGCUGAAGUGUUUGUUUAUUGACCUUUUUGGCUCCAUUCUUAAUUUGUUUUCUAUCUAAGUCAAAUCACUAGAAAGAUACAAAAUACAUAAUACUAUUUCUGAAGCCUAGGUUUUGUUUCCUUUUAUGAAGAAUAUAGUAUUGUACGGAACUAAAGGAUGACGUAUCUUUUCAAAUCAGAUUUCCAUUUAUCAAGACUGGUUGUGUGUUGGUGUUUGUUUGAAUGGCCAGUGGAGUUGUAUUAACUUCCUUCCAUACUGUUAAUUUUGUACAUUUUUUUCAUUUGGAGCAUUAAAGUGAAUUGUUGUUAAUGUCACCACAGAUUACAAUAUCUACAAGCCCAUUUAUCCAAGAUGAGGGGAGAAAAGGCUUCUUUAUAUAACUAAACAAAUCACACCUUCUGGCUAGCUUUUUUUCCUUCCUGUUUUUUCUGCUUUGUUCCCUACUCUGAAAAGUUAAAUAUUUUAUCUUCUCUAUGUGCUGGAAGUAUAAUUUCAUGGCUAAGCCUUUUCUGUCUGUAGCAGUAAGGUGGUUAGUGGAGUCAGAAUACUGAUUUUUUUUUUUAUAUAUAUAUAAAUGACAGGCAAAGGGCAGAAACACUGUGAGCUAAAUGAGUGUUAAAAUAAAAGCAAGUAGGUAUAAACUUCCUGUAAAUAAGAUUUAGAUUAGAAACAAAGUUCCUAAUUACUAGAACUAAUUCUGGAACAGCCUUCCAGGCAGAGGCCUGCUUCGAAGGAAGAGCCAGGUAUAUCUGUGAAAGAAAUUAAAUGCAAAGUGGUGUCUGAAUAGUAGGCAACUAGACUUGAUAAACCAGAGGUCCCUUCUGGUUCCUUCCUAGAGUUUUGGUCUUCUGUUGGGCUUCUCAUCUUGACAGAUGGCCUCUUCUGCUUUUAAGCUUCAAAGAUUAAAGUAUAAAUGAAGGGAAUGCUAAACUACAACAUAACAAGAGCAACAAAGGUUGACUGUUCAAUUUUGGGUGGUGUUGCCCUCUGAUUUAGGAAAGUGAGGCGUAAAAAUUGCAAAGUGGUGGAAAGUGGAAGCUAGGAAGAUUUGUGACCCAAAUAAGUGUGCUCAGUUUCUAACACAAGGGUGAUGUCCUGCUUAACAAUCUACUGUGGGAUGUAAUGGGUUGUAGCACUUGAUAUCAUCAGUAGGCUGUAAUCAAAUGUAAAUUAUUGGACUUACUCAAUGGGUGAGCAAAUAAUCUAUGAUCUAAACGAGAUCAGAAGAGACAAUCUUAAACUUUCAUGUUCCCUACAGCCAGUCAUCAUAGGUCUACCUUAAUCUGAAUUCAUAGCUAUGAGGAAUAUGGUCUUAAAUUGCAUAGGUGUCAGGUCAAAUGUAAUAGUUAAGAACUGAAAAUUGUGUGACUGGCUGUGUACGACACUGUGUUCUGCAUGGACAUAGGAGCUAGUGAGUUAUCCCUGUUUCAGUGGGUUGAAGAGUCUUGGCCUGUGAGUUGAGCUCUGGCUAUGAUCAGUAUACUGGCUGUGAUGUGUAGUGUAGCACUGGCUUACCACAUGCUUUUUAUCUUUUUUCUAAUGCAUGCGCAUCCCCCCCCAUUCACUAUGAGUCUUGCUUUUGCUUGAAUGAAGGUAUCCAGAUCAAAGGGAAAACAAAACUGGCCAGAGUGAAGCAGAGAUUAAAGUUUUUAAAUACAUUAUGCUGCUUUCUUAUUUAGAACAGAAGUAUUUUUUCUAAGUCUGCUGGAUUCUAGGCAGGUAUGUGGAUUUAUGAUACACAUUUCUUGUUGCUGCUUUUUGCGGCAGGGGUCGUGUUUCUAGCAGUCCGUUGUUAAAAGUGCUGGAAUAGGCAUGUCAAAAUGUGCGACCUGUGACUGGGCACCUAAUGUCUUGCUGCCACGUGCAUGGCAAUGCCAGGCUACGUGCUGCUUGCUGUCCCCAGCAACAGCCGUCGGAGAACUGUGACUUGCUGGGCGGCCAGUUGGGACCUUCACCAUCACCUGCAUCUGCAGGUGGGCAGAGGCAGCCCCGGGGUGCUGCCUUGGCAUGUCUCUCUGCAGCGGGGGGCCACAGGAGGAGUUUGGGGUGUGCUAGCUCAAGCAGGGCACAGUCCCCAGCCCCCCCGUCAUCCCGCCAGGCCCAGAGUGGGUAACUCGGGGACCCCUUCCAGCACAGACGGAGACUGGCACCUGUGGAGUGGGUGUGUGGGAAAGGGGGGCAGGGAAGGAGAAGUGCUGGCACAAGACUAAAAUGAGACUACAGAACUGCAAGAAGGAAAGGAUGGCUCCAAUCUGAGUUAACAGUUGCAUAUGUUUUUAACGAUAACUUUACGUGUAUCUGCUGUAAAGUUGUAACUUCAGUGUAAUUCCACCAAAGGAUACUCUGUCAACAAUGCUUUGUUAUCCAAGACUAAUCCUUCUAAAAUUUCCCUUAUAUCAGCAUGGUUGAGGGGAAAAGGCCUCUCAAUAGGCAUGCUGAAAAUACGCUACUGAGGAGAGUAUUUCAGACUGACGUUACAAAACUAAUUCAGCAACAAGAUACGUGAUUGGGCUAGCAGCUGUAUUAUCAGACAGCAUCCUCAAGGCCGGCGGUUUCCAAACUUCUUCCAAUUGCACACUCUUAUCAGUAAAAACUUUGUGUGCAUCCAAUAUAUGUAUAUUUAUUUAUUUAUAAAUUAUAUAUGUAUUACUGUCGUAAUAUAUUAUGUACAUACACAAGUAGAAAUUGGAACAGUAAGAGAUAAAGAAGAAAUAAACAUUAUUUUUAAAUUAUUUAAAAUUUUGUUUAUUAAUGAUAAUAAACCCACUUUCUUCUUGCACCCAAAUGGGUUGUAUUGCACAUCCCCUGGUGUGCACGCACCUCGCUUUGGAGACCACUUCUGUGGGCUAUAUUGAAAAGAGUUUUAACUUGAUGGGAACAGGUAUCAAAAUUGACCUGUUCACAAUAAUGGUUUCUUUUACUCAGUGAAUAUAGACUGUUAUCAUUACUUUAUGCUGCAUGACCAUGUUUUGGAUAUGUGUUUAUUCUGAAUUCUUGUAAUAUUUGAUGCAAGGGCUGUGAACUGUUUCACCAUUUGUUUUCCUACAGUGUGCAUUAAGUGACAAAAAAAGAGGUGUUAGCCUUAAGCGGUUUGCAGAGAUACAAAGCCAGUCCAGUUCUGAGGGGAGGGCAUAACUCUUGCCAAAAGAAGGAAUGUGUUAGUACUUGGCUUUAAAGGUUAGUACCAUUUUUCAACUGACUUGCUCUUUCUCAAGUGUUCUCUGAAGAAUUACAAUAUUUAGUGCUCAACUCUUUCUUUUAAAGUUAUUUAAUUUUCUUACUGUAUCUUUCAUGGUGUUUAUUCUAAUGAACCACAACUGAAAUAAUUUUUGCAGUAUGCCUGUUCUUAAAUCCUGUUGUUGUAAAAUAGCAUAAAUGUUUAAUGGUAUUUCAUAUCAGUUUUUAAAAAUGGUUGGGGCAAAUGAGUGUUUUAUCAUAUAUGUGCUGGGCUGCAAAAAAGUCAAAAUAUGUAUAUUUUUUUUGCCUUGGAAGGUGUCUGAAAGUACCCAAGUUUUCAUGUGUUUGAUUUGAGUUGAAAGAUGGAUAUUCUAGUAAAAUAUAAUGGGGAGAUGGAGAAGAGGUGUUUAAUUAUAAAUUGUAUCUGUAAAGCUCAGAUUGAAGCAUCUCACACAAAAGCAUGGAAAAUAAUUCAGAGCAGAGAACUCCUCAUGGGCCAGCGAGAUCCAGAAAACCAAGUGUAGGCAGUAGCUGAAUUUCAUGUGUAUUUUGGUUGCAGUGAUAUGACAAUGUUUAGUUUCAGUUGUCUUCUCAGUUGGUGUUGUUUAAAUCUCCAAAGAUGAUGAAAUGACCUUCAAUUUGUUGAAUUAAUAAAGACUAUCAUCGUUGGUUAAAAUGCAGCAGUUAUCAAUGAACAUGGAAGGUAUGGCAUGGAAACAUUCAGGCCUCUUGUAAAUAAAGACAAGGUUCUCAAA